UAACGUCCCAACAGUAGCCUGCUCCAAUCAGACUAUCCGGGGGUACAAGAAGGCAUAGUCUGACGUUAUAUUGAAUCAAACUCUUUCCAAAGGCGCGUAAGUGACCGCGGAUCAACUAGGCUACAUGGUUUGCCUACUCCUGCACUUCACCUGAAAAGGACCGACUGAAUCAAGACGGCUGCAUAUUCCAGACUUGUUCAUGCCAGCCGGUAUCACUGAAGAAAAAUCGGAUUCAUUCAGGGUCAGGGAAAAUGUUACAGUUUAUUUUAGAUCGAAAUACAUUUGCUUUGAUCUGUUUGUAUCAGGCGAUAUUCGGUUUGUGUUCUAGCAUUUUGAGGUGUCAGAGCCUGUAAAACAUGCAACUGAAUAAGAAUUUGAUUAUUUUGUAGAAGUGUUGUCUGCCGUGAGACAAUCGAAUCAUUCGCUUUAUCCUGCUUUUCAAGCACAUCAACCCGUUGCGUCUGUACCCGUUCAGUUUUUAUAUCGCUACAAUACCUUAUUUAUUAACGAACUUAUUUCACAGUUUGGCUAUGAAUAAGGAAACUGGGAAAACACUAAUGUAUACAUUAUAAUGCCAAGUGGAGACAAGGUGGGAAUACGGCGACAUCUCGUUUUGGCCACAGACCCUCUCUUGGACCAGACAAGUUCUACUCUUUGUCCCGACAAAAGUAAAAAUGACGGAAAACAACGAAAAGGAGAAUGAGCCGCAGAACCGGGACUUCCAGCGGUCGCCUGGAACAAUGUCCGUACAGCCUGAGUCCAAGCUGCAGCGUCUCAAGCGCUCUCUCUCUUUCAAAUCGGUGAUGCGGAGCAAGAGCAUGGAGAACUUCUUCCUGAGGACCAACAGCGAGGCCCGCCUCCCGCCCGACUUCAUCACCGACCCGCCGCCCCCGUCCCCGCCCCUCCUGCUGGAGUCCCCCCCGGGCGGCGACCGCUCCCCUUCCCUCUCCCCUUCCCUCAGCCCCAACCCCUCCCUCUGCUCCCACUCGCCCUCCCUGAGCCCCUCCCCGUCCCUGUCGUCCAAGCCCCCCGCCCAGCUCCGCCCCCUGAAGACGCACUGCUUCCAGGAGCAUGUGUUCCGCCGGCCCACCCACUGCCAGAUGUGCAAGCACAUGAUCGUGGGUAACUCCAAACAGGGCCUGCGCUGCAAAGCUUGCAAGCUGGGGGCUCACCUGUGGUGCUCGUCGGAGCUAUCCCAGCAGCCCUGCAAUGGCAAGUCUGGAGCCUUCAAGCGGAACUUCAGCUCGCCGCUGCUGGUCAACGAUCAGCUCGGGGUGGUUCAGGAGGCUCCCGCCAUCCAAGAGGCUGCUGCAGGGAAAGGGCGUGUGGACCCGGUGUACGAGGCCCUGCGCUACGGCACGUCUCUGGCGCAGAUGAGCCGCUCCAGCAUUGGCAGCAUCUCCGAGUCGCCCACCCCCAGCAUGGGAGAGGGCGGUGAAGAGAAGGUGGAGAGCCAGCCUCAGAUUGUGGAGGAGGAGACCGUCCAGGAGCCGGAGGUGCUCACACCCCCAGAGUCUGAGGACCAGCUCAGUCUGAAGGCUCCGAAGCGGAUUGAGGUUCACACGGUCCACACGUACGUGGCGCUGUACAAAUUCCUUCCUCAGGAGAAGAAUGACCUGGAGUUGCUGCCUGGUGAUCGUGUGCAGGUCAUUGAUGACUCGAAUGAAGAUUGGUGGAAGGGUAAAUGUGGAGACAGGGUGGGCUUCUUCCCUGCCAACUUUGUCCAGAGAGUGCGCCCUGGCGAGCGUGUGUGGAGAGUCACCCAGGCCUUCUACGGGAGCCGGGAGAAAGGCCAGAUGACUGUGAAGGCGUCCCAGAUCUGCGUGGGGAAGAACGAGGACAACGACGGCUUCCUGAAGCUGACCAGCGGGAAGAAGAGAGGCCUGGUCCCCAACGAGUCCCUGGAAGAGAUCUGAGCACCCUGCGCGAUCCAUUUCCCGCCUGCCCCCCCCACCCUGAAAACCACAGGUUUUACCCUGCGCAGGGCAGGACACCCCCCCUUACAGUCCCACCCCAAAAGCCUGAACCCCACCACGCUCACGGGGGGAAAACGGUGGGGUGCCGGCGGGGCAGCUCGGAGUCCCCAAACCUCGGAGCUGUUAGAGAAGGGGUGCAGCCGAACCCUGCUGCCCCUCGCUUGCCCCCCCACCCCCCAGCAGUGACGUUGCACCCCGCACUUCUGCAGUGAAAGACACUGGGCAGCGGGAAACUGGGCAGAGCGCUACAAGGCUAGCUUGCCUGCGGGGCCCCUCGCACCCCCCGCAGCUUCUCCGACGGCAGGAAGGACAGUCGCCUUUUUUCAGGGACCGUAGGAGGCCUCCAGCUCUCGCGGCCGCCCGCCGCUUCGCCGCCAGGCUGCCGGAGGGAAGCAGCUGGACCUGCGGAGUGGCCCUGCAGAUUUCCAGGAGGGGGUUUAUUCAUUUAAGUUCGGCUUUCUUCUCUGACCUCCGUCAUCGGUGGCGUGGCCUUCUUCAGGACACAAACCUGCUCAUGCAGCUGGGACAGAAGGGGGACUGCGGGGGGGGUACUGUGACACCCAACCAAAAGCCCUCAUGUCGUUUCAUGGGGAUGUAGCAGUCUAGCACCUGAGACUAAGUGCUCCUUAGCAUGUGUUUUAUUUCCGAAAAUAGGUUUUUCUCGGGGUCCGCGGUACGCUUGUCCCCGGACCCACUGGAACCUCAGGUCUUGCCUUUCUUGUUAAUAGCAAUCAAACUAAUUUAGCACACGGAGGUGAUGGGGAAGACUGUAAUGCUGGCGGAGAGAAGAGAGUCUUUUGUGUCUUUUCGUAUGUCGCACUUGUGGAAAAUCCAUUGCCUCCUCCAUAUAUGGGCACAGGGACCAGGUGCAUGGGGAAAUGAAACCAUAUUCCACCAGUCACUCUGUCUCACAACACGCAGAUGCUAUAAUGAGAAAUAGAGAGUAUAGGACUGGCCCAUCCGGGCAUGAGGGGGGUGGAGUGGCUCCGAGACACAGCCCAUGUCCUGCGUUUCUUUACGACAGAAGUGUGGAAACGGCGGUGGGUUUUCUGUGCUAAAGUGAAUGUGCAGUCUGUGAGUCUGUGUGCACCUGUAUAUUCUGUGCGUCCCUCGUCACACCCCGUUAGGGUCUCUCCUCCCCGUGUCCUUCCCCGCAGCCCAGGGCCGGGACUCUUUCCAGCUCCAUUUAGACUCCAGCAGCUCGGCUCGCUGUGUCCAUCUGUGUCCGCUUUUCCCUCGGGCUAGGGUACCCAAACACACAGGACCGCAAGGGCUCAAAGACCACACAGCUCAAAGACCACACUGCUCAAAGACCACACUGCUCAAAGACCACACAGCUCAAAGACCACACUGCUCAAAGACCACACAGCUCAAAGACCACACAGCUCAAAGACCACACUGCUCACUGUCACACAACGCAGUCACACUGCUCACUGUCACACUACAUACUGUCACGGCAUAGUCACACUGCUCACUAUCACACAGCAUACUGUCACACAUUCACAAUAUUACAUAGUCACACUGUCACACAGCAUACUACCACACAGUACACAGUCAUACAGCUCAAAGCUAUACAGCACACUGUCACACUGUACACAGUCACACCGUUACAUAGUCACACAGCAUACUACCACACAGUACACAGUCACACAGCUCAAAGCUAUACAGCACACAGUCACACUGUUACAUAGUCACAGUCACACAGCAUUGUCACACAGGAUAGCUUGAACACCACACCGCCUGGGUUCACACAGCACAGACCCAACGACACAGGCCUGAUGCAGCCAAGCCGCACUGAUGCAGUCACACAGUUCAGACGCAGCCAUGCUGCCCCGCCCAGACGCACCCAAAAGCAGACAGAAAGACAACACAGCACAACCAGGAAUAUAAUGCACUCGAGUAUUCACCAAGGACAUCCAGCACAGCCAAGACAAGGGUAUUUACAGAUUCAGAUUACAUCAUUCCUUAUAUCAUUUUGUCACUCAAUACCACACUCAGUGUCUACUUUGAGAGGUCAGACUGUUCCCCUUCCAUUAAUUCCUGAGGAAGAGAGCGAGUAGGGUGAGUUUCAGCAUAGAGAGAGCCAGCAGGAUGAGUUUCAGCAUGCACGGGGGCCAUUAAAGACUGCGAAGAGAGAUCCUGUCAGUCGGCACAAGCAUAUACCACGCGCUUGGGCACAACAAUGCAUGCAUGGCACAUGCACACACGAUAGCAGCCACAGCGGCACUUUGUCCGCCAGACAAAUGGAAAGCUGGCUGUCAGCCCCUGUACCGUACAGUAAAGGAGAACAACUGGGUAUGGAAAACGAGAAACAGGCUCUUUGAUGCACCCUGUCAGGCAGGCCGGCCUUUGAACGUAAUGCAGGGAUGAGGUUGCCAGAUGUUAAGAGCGAUGCAGGCCUUUGGACAGAUCUACUUUGUGUUCAGUUCAACUGUGGAGUCAAAACGGAGAACUGGCAGCCAGUUUGUUUGCAGGGGCACCCGACACAAGGCAGCCAACAUUCCGCGUUCCCAACAACAACCCAAUAGCACAGUACGUUUCAGCAGAAGUUUUAUUUGGUUGGUCCCUGAUUUUUUUUUACUAUUUUCAUCAGUCCUUGGGGUCUCCAUGAAGAAUGCUCAUCAUGUCCUGCAAAUUUGAUUCAUCUCUUGAGUUUCAGGAGGUUUUAGUGUUCUGAGCGUUUCUGGGCACGGAACGGUUCAAAACAAGUCAAGCGAAACGCCGCAGACACAGCCCAGGAGACGCUCCUCCUGGCCGAUUCGGACUCCUCCGUUCCAGGUGGGCAUUGACUCUGAUCUGGAGCUCAGCUCCGGCCCCAUUGUGUAACCGGAUGCUGCAUUAAAGGAGCCCUGCUGUUACGCCUCUUCGCCCUGCAGGAACACCAGGGUCCGUCUGGGUCAGGACGGAUCGUGCCUCUUUGCUUUCUCGGGGACGGAUCCUACCCCCCUCCUUUGCUGAAACCUGGACAAGAUGUGAUCUGUGUGAACCCCUGAUGCGGAAAGAGAGAGAUAUAGUGAUGAGGGCGGGGGGGGUGAGGUGGGAUGGGGGCUCCUGCGUGAUGUGUCUUUAGCCCUCAGAUAGCCCCGCAGUGUUCCUGGGCCUGCACUGCUCUCCAGUGUGUGGUAGACUCCUUCUAACAGGGAACCGCAUUUCCCUUCAGCCUCUACUCUGAAGGUUUACUGCAGAGGUCACUGUAUCUGUGCACUCUGCAGCACCAUUCAUAAAUACCCACAGUGCCCUAGGGCAGGGGAGGAGCUAGACCCAAAUUAAUCUCGCUCCUCGGAGCGUGUACUUUUUCCGUUGGUGUUGAGCGGACAACGGACACAGAUUAUAUUGCGAAAUGAUAUGGAGUCAUUUGUCUUGCCGUGAAGGUACAGGCUUGGUCCGCGGGACACAGAUGAAUGUGGCAGGAGUUUUAACCGAGGCAGGUGGUGCAGAGUAAGAGCGGUCAUUUGCUUCUCAACUGGAAAGAGCUUUUAAUCUCAACGCGAAUUUGAGAAUUCACGGUCAAAUGAAGGUCAAGUAAAGAAAAUCCAAAUGGCCGCCAUUUUAGGCACCUGACAGAAUUUGCGAUGAUGGAGUAGGCUAUAUUUUAGCCAGAUUUAUUUAUUUGUUUAUUUAUUUAGCUGUGAUGGCAAGCGGCCUUGCACUUGGCAAUAAUUACAUAGUCUAGGUUUCCUUUCUUUGUAAUAUGUGAAUGUGUCUAUAUGUGUAAUGUAAAUAGAACUGAGGAAUAUGUGUAUUUUACCCUCAUUGUGUGCUGUGAAAUGUUCACCAGUAGAUCUCUGUUGUAUGUGAUGAGAAAAGAGCAGCUGGUAUGGAGAUGAUGAUGUUAUUAUAGCAUGUCUGUCGUCUUUGAUUGCUCACAUGAACAGACCUUUACUGUGCACAUGCACCAAGCUAAUUACCUAGUAAGUCAGCAGUGUGAAGUCUCUGUGACAGGCGACCCAUCGCCCUGAUGGGUGACAACGACACAGGGACUUUUACCGUCUCCGAUUGGUUGAAUCGGUGGCAGUGUUGCCACUAUCCCGAAUCCAGUAAUUACAUGCUAAUUGGGAAAGCCAUUCCAAUCACUGUGUUCCGUUUUGACUCAAGUCCAUGUCUCCCGUCACUGAAGUAAUAACAGGAUGCAGGAACUCAGAAUCUCCUUAGUGUUUAUUCUGAGAUGCAGGUGGGAUUUAUAUCUUGUAAUGAGAUGCAUGGAACUCACUGAUACUGGGGCACCAUGUGACAUCUGUUUGUGAUGUCAUUGAGAUGGGUUUGCCCGGCAAUGGGCGGACAGCCCAUAAUAAACAUUCGCACAGAGAUCCGUGCUGCUCCACGCCCACCUCCCCCAAAACCGUAUGCAUGGUAGCCUGGACUGGGAAUCACUGUAACGUCACUUCAAUAAAGACAUUUAGCACACCA